CUCUCCUCUCCUGCAUGCGGUCUGAUGCAGCCUGAUCGGUGCUGGAAGCUUACGGUGGUGGUCUUGGUGCCCUGGUGGUGGUGUCCCCUUUUGUGUGCUGUGCAACCCCCGGUUUUCAUUUGGUUUCCCCGUUGUGUGUUUGCGUGCGUAAGUGACACGAGUGACUGGGGUGCUCCUUUUCCUGGAAUCCCUCUCGCCUCCCCAUUCCCCUCAACUGCCUACCAUCUUUAUAAGUAUACGCUGUCUUCAAAAAUGCCAGGCCAGGGAUCCAUGUUGAGGGAGUGUGUGGUCUGCAAUGCACAGCUUAAUGUGGCCUGCAAAACCUGCAAGCUCGAAAAAUCGCAGGCCCUUGGAGUAAGGCCUGUUUUGUUUGUCUCAAAACCUGGAAGGAAACCCUGUUCUUGGGUUUUGGCACCCCGUUGCCAGCUCUCAGAAACCUCCACCACAUGCCUGGAGAGGAUGAAGAGCCUGUAUGACAAGGCUGGUUACCACAAGACGCCACAGGACAACUGGGUGAACCCUCAUCUACCCCAGUUGAUCCCCCAGCUUGAACACAACUGGCUUCACCAGAUCCUCAGAAUGCCCCCAUGCAGAGUGAACCCUCAUCAACCCAUGCUGAUCCCCAGCUGGACCACCAAUGGCCUCACCAGACCCUCCAGUACCAGUGGCCCUUGAUCCCCCAGCAGCCUCAGUGGCCCCAGUGACCACACCACCACUGAUCAGGCCACCACUGACCACGCCACCACUGACCACACCACCACUGACCAUGCCACCACUGACCAGGCCACCACUGACCACACCACCAGCAGCCCAAAGUAGAAUCUUGGCAGCCUCAGCAGGACCACAUGCAGCCCUGACAGGAUCCCCAGCACACAGAACAUGGAAAAGGAAAGGGCCAACAAAUGAAGAUUGUGGAGUGAUAACCGUGCAAACUCUGGUGUGAUCCACCCCUUAACCUCCACCUUAGCCUACCAUCUUUAUAAGUAUACGCUGUCUUCAAAAAUGCCAAGCCAGGGAUCCACGUUGAGGGAGUGUGUGGUCUGCAACGCACAGCUUAAUGUGGCCUGCAAAACCUGCAAGAUAUGCAAAGCUGAGCAGCCACGAAAGUUGAGGCUCAAGAAUAAAAUUGAAAAUUUUGACAAGAAGCGUAAGAGCUGGGUCAAUACCCACAUGAA